AUGAAGCGGAAGCGGGCAUCUGCUAUGGCUUCAUCGCCGUCCUGGGCGACCCAAACGGCGUCGUCAAACCCCCAAAUCCCAUCCGGAUCAAGAAAAGGAUCUAAAACAAGAAAAAUGAAUGAGAUACUAAAAGAUCAAAGAUCCAUGAUUUCUGGAAUGAACCGGAUUUUGGGGACACCGAUUCCGGUCAGCGAUAACCUGACGUGGAGGCUGUUGAAGCCUCACAAGAGAAUCGAACCCUAUUACGGCACCAAGCUCAGUUCCGCCCUUCAUGCCAUUCACGAGUGUUUCGAGCCCUCCAAGGACCCCUACACCGGCAGAGACAUUUCCGAGGACAUUGUUUUCGACUUGGACUCCGAUUCAGAGAUGAACUUGAGAGGGUUCUACACUGUGGUUUUGGAGAGGAGCGAUGAUGAGGAGAUGAUAUGUGCCGCCACGCUGAGGAUCAGUGGGGAUGUGGCUGAACUGCCCCUUGUGGCGACUAGGCCUCAGUUUCGCAGACUUGGGAUGUGCAAGAUUAUGAUGAAUGAGCUUGAAAAUCGGCUUAUUGAAUACGGCAUUGUGAGGUUAGUCUUGCCUUCUGCCCAAACUGCACUUAAUACAUGGACUAGUAGUUCAAUUGGGUUCUCAGUGAUGAGUGAGGCUGAGAUAUCAGAACUCACUGCUCGUCAUGAGUUCUUGGAUUUUAAAGAUACUGUUAUGUGCCAUAAAAUACUCUUGAAUAGGACCCAAUAG